AGCUCACCUCCUCCUCCUCUUCAUCACAGCCUCUCCUCCUCCUCCACAGCUCUCUCACCAUGGCGGCUCUGUGGCUCCAGUCCGUGUCUCUACUGGUUCUGAUGCUGGUUUCUCUCCCCGGCUCCCGGGCGGCUCCAGGCCCUCAGCACCUGUGUGGCUCUCACCUGGUCGACGCCCUGUACCUGGUCUGUGGGGAACGAGGCUUCUUCUACAACCCCAAAAGAGACGUGGAUUCCCUGAUGGGUUUCCUCCCCCCGAAGGCGGGCAGCGUGGCAGCGGCUGGAGACAACGAGGUGGCGGAGUUCGGCUUCAAGGAGCAGAUGGAGAUGAUGGUGAAGCGCGGCAUCGUGGAGCAGUGCUGCCACCAACCCUGCAACAUCUUCGACCUGCAGAACUACUGCAACUGAACCACCGCAUCUGUCUAUCCUAGCCUAGCAUAGCUUAGCAUCUAGGCUAACUUAGCCUGACCCCCCCCCACCCACCCCCCUGCAUCAGAAGAGGGCAGUGCUGUUGCCUCUGAAAAAAAAACUGCUGAGAAAAGGAUGAAAUUAUUUUUCCUAGAAAAUAAAGUUUUGUGAAUUAAGACCUGA